AUGAUAGUCUCACUUCCCUUUGGUGUUCCUGAUAAAGAUUUCCUGGCUGAAUCAUCAAGGAAAGCAACAACUUUGAGUCAACAGGGAGAUAACAUUUCUGAUGAUAUAUUUGAGUCAGUUUUAGAAAUUCCCUUCCCCAGAGAGUCACACCCACAACAUGAGAAUAGUGCUCAAAAUUUAAACACUUCAGGUGAGAAUUUUUUUGGGGGGUUGGUGUUUCUUCAAUUAACCAGGAAAAGGAAUUCAUUAUUUCUGCCAAGUUGGUCAGGAAGAAGCUUAAAUUUUCCUCUCUCUAACAUUUGUGUUUGUGGGCAGGAUUACGUACCUACUGUUUUUGACAAUUUCAGUGCUAACGUGGUUGUGGAUGGGAACAUUGUCAACUUGGGAUUGUGGGAUACAGCUGGUCAAGAAGAUUAUAGCAGAUUAAGGCCACUAAGUUACAGAGGAGCAGACAUUUUUGUUUUGGCUUUCUCCUUGCUCAGCAGGGCAAGCUAUGAAAAUGUUCUCAAGAAGUGGAUGCCUGAACUUCGUCGAUUUGCACCAAAUGUUCCUAUUAUUCUUGUGGGGACAAAAUUAGAUCUUCGCGAUGACAGAGGAUAUCUGGCUGAUCAUAUGGGCUCCGGUGCAAUAACAUCUGCUCAAGGAGAGGAGCUAAGGAAACAAAUUGGAGCUGCAGCUUAUAUCGAGUGUAGCUCUAAAACUCAACAGAAUAUCAAAGCUGUUUUUGAUACUGCAAUCAAAGUUGUGCUUCAGCCUCCAAGGAGGAAGGAGAUAGCAAAGAAGAGGAAGCGUAGAAGUUAUGGUUGCUCAAUUGUGAGCUGCAUCACUUGUGGAGGUUGUGCUGCGUAGGACACAUGCAACAGGGGUUGUAUUUGUAAUGUGUAGUGCCAACCACUUUUUGGGAUGUACUUAUUGCAUGUGUCUGUGAAUUACGAUUACCAACUUAUGGGACAGAGGGAAUUUUUUCGUUCUCUCAGGCCCCUUGGUAUUGGUGGGAAACUCUUUUGAUUUGUUAUAGCUGUGAAUUAUGAUUAGAUUGCAAA